AUGGACGGCAUCAUGCGACGUGGGCCUCUCUCCGACCUUACUCAGUACAUUAAUCCGGACAUUAAUAAGUAAGUUUUGUUUUUAAGUGUUUUUGUCGUAUUUUAGGUAAAAGGAUGCGGUUCUUUUGAAUUUAUUUAAGAAUGGGACCUCAAAAUACAGCUGUUUUGCUUUUUAAAUAUCGGUUUCGGCAUGAAAUUAACGGUUUUCUUGAGAUCUCAUAUUAGGAUACUAUUUCAGGCCUGAAUUUUCACUUUUUCGCUAUUUGUUGAUGUUUGUUUGACGUUAUUGAGCUGGAAGCGGAUUGUAUUAGCUGAAUUACGCCCUUAUAAAACUGAGUAUUGAAUGAGGCAAAUUUUUUCCUUUUAAAAUUAUCAAAAUUCCCAGUUUUUUUCUUCAGAAAUUUUUUUAUGCCUAAAAUAAUAUUUUUACUUGAUCAUUUCAAUUCUUUCAGUACUCGAGUCCAGAAUGCCAUUGGCAAUCACACAUUCGGCUUUCCGCGAAAAACAGCCAAGCCGGACACCUACAAAACGGUGAUGUGCCAGGCCUGGUUGGAGUCGAUGAAGUGCUCUUUCGGCGAGAAUUGCAAAUUUGCUCAUGGCGAACAUGAACUACGACCGGUGCGGUGAGUCGACGGAACGAUUGGGGGUUUAUAACUGGGAUUUUGAUUAGUUUUUUGGUGUAUUUGGCAUGGGGAAUAUAAUCGAAUUUUUGCUGAGCGGAUUUCAAUUUCUGUAGUUGCAGUUUCACGACCCAGGUCCGCAACAAUCUCAAGUACAAGACGAAACUGUGCGACAAGUACACGACGACUGGAAUAUGUCCAUAUGGAAGCAGGUGUCUCUUCAUUCAUCCCGCCCCAUGCAAAACCCCCAGCAACUCGGUAGGAAUUGAGAUUUUUUAUUUUUACUUUGGCUAUAGUUUACCUCUGAGUGAAACAAAAGAUGAGUUACAGGAAAUAUUGACUGAUUUCUUUCAGUAUUCAUCCUCAGACGAAGCCUCGGCCCUGCAACAGCAGCUGGAGAUGAUCCGUCAGCAGUACGGCCCCAACUCGUUGCCAGACAUGAAGCCCCCGACGAUGGCUCCCCAACCACCACCACCACAAAUGACCCAUCUUUGGAGUCCAUCCGGGUUCUUUGAUCAGAAAAUGGCCCUCCCGCAACGCCCCGCCCACCCAAUCCCGCAGGCAAUCCAGCAACAGAACUUUGGCUCGAGACGUUCCUUCUCGACCAGUUCGGCUCCGUCCUCAGCCUUCGGAUCGUCCAAUUCAUUAGGGUCCACUGGAACAGCCAACAACCCUUCCUGGCCAUGGAAUGAUGACCUAUCUCUGGCCUCGCUAAGUCCUCCAUUUGGCCAAGGAUUGAGUCAAACAAUGAUGGGGCAGCCGGGAUUACAAUGCAACCUCCAAUCAGCCGCUCCACAUCUUCAAUCCAACCAUUUGGCCUUCCAUAACUCGAUGCCCACCUUCGGCCCGGCCCCAGGAACCUUUACGCAUCAGUUUGGCCUGAUGCGUUCGACACCCGGUUCCUUGUCCAGCAAUGACGACGAUCCGUUCAUGAUGACCAACAGUCCGAUGAGUGGAACCGAAGAACAAGGAGAACAACUGGCCAGAAGUGUGGCCCGGGCCCUGGAGAUCGACCUGUGA